AUGGCGCUCUCUAGGACGGUGCUCUUGGCGGCGCUGUGCGUGGCGAGGUGCGCGGCGCGCCCCGGGGACCUCGGCCACUACGGCCCCGUGGCCUACGCCCCCGCAGCCCCCAUCCACUACGCCCCCGCGCCCGUGGCCUACGCCCCCGCGCCCGUGGCCUACGCACACGCCCCGGAGCCCGUGGCGCACCCCAAGUACGAGUUCAAGUACGGCGUCCACGACGCGCACACCGGCGACGUGAAGAGCCAGACGGAGCACCGCGACGGCGACGUGGUCAAGGGCGAGUACUCCCUGGUGCAGCCCGACGGCACCACCAGGACCGUGCACUACACCGCCGACGACCACAACGGCUUCAACGCCGUCGUCACCAACACGGGCCACGCCGUGCACCCCGAGGCCCCCAAGGUCAUAUACGCCCCCGCGCCGGCGCCCGCCCCUCUAGUGUACGCGCACGGCCCCGCCCCGGGGCCGGAUCCAGUGCAGUCCACAGCCACCGUCCAACCAACCACCAUCCCAACAGAAACAACAAUGUCCCCCGUUCAGGUCCUGGUGGUGCUGUCCCUGGUGGCUGCUGCCGCCGCCCAGUACGGCCACGGCGGCCUGCUGCUGUCCCACGCCCCGGUCGCCGUGCACCACGAGCCCAUCGCCCACCCAAAGUACGCCUUCAAGUACGGCGUCCAUGACGCGCACACCGGCGACGUCAAGGACCAGGCUGAGGAGCGCGACGGCGACGUGGUGAAGGGCGAGUACUCCCUGAUCCAGCCCGACGGCACCAAGCGCACCGUGCACUACACCGCCGACCACCACAACGGCUUCAACGCCGUCGUCUCCAUCAGCGGCCACGCCAUCCACCCCGAGACCCCCAAGAUCGUCCACGCGCCCGUGCUCGCGUACGGCCAUGGCCACUACUAGACUGCAGCGCCGGCGCCCUCAUCACCAUCGUCAUCACCUUCACCGCCAUCCCCUCCCCGCGGACCCAACGACUGUGCGCCUGGCCUGGCUGGAGGAGUCUGGAGGGCCCUAGAGGACCCACCAGAAUCCUUCAGAGUCCCAGCGGAGCCUCGAAGAGCACCGCCCGGCCACGCGGCCUCGCGGGGAGGCCUUGUACAAACUGGAGGGCAACCCGUCCGCCAGGGGAAGCACCAUUCCCAAAACUUGUGAUAUAAAAUAAAAAUAAAAAAUAAAUAAAUUAAUAAGAACUUGA